AUGAGCAGCGCGGAGCCGCCGCUCGGCGCCGGGCCGCGGGCAGCGCCCGCCUGGCAGCGGGAGAUCCUGGAGCGCAAGCGGGCCAAGCUGGCCGGGGCGGGCGGCGAGCCCGAGCCCCCGGCCGGGGAGCGGCUGGUGGUGGCGGAGAGCCUGGGCCCGCUCCGCGAGAAUCCCUUCAUGCGGCUGGAGAGCGAGCGGCGCCGGCUGCGGCAGGGGCGGCCCGGGCCCGGCGGCGCGGCGCGGCCGCUGCAGCAGCUGCUGGAGCUGUACAGCGCCGUGCCCGGCAUCCGCACCAUCCGCGCCGACAACAUCCUCAUCAUCGAGUCCCGCGCCGACCCCGCCGCCUGCUUCGCCGCGGGGGAUGCGCCGCCCGCCCGCCGCCGGGACCCGGCCGGCGCCGACCCGCUGCGGGAGCUGCUGGCCCGGCGCGGCGCCGCGCUCGCCGAGAUCCGCGCCGACCAGGUCGUCAUCUACGAGACGGCCGAGCCGCCGGAGCCGCCCGAGGCGGCCGAGCCGGGCACCGUCAGCCGCCUCCUGGAGAAGUUCGGGCAGCGGCCGCGGGGCCGCCGUCGCCGCGUUGGGGACGCGCUGACCGGGACCGGCGGGGCCACGGCUCCGCCGCAGGUGGGACCGGGCGCUGCCCGGGCCGCGCCGCCCGCUGCGCCUGUGGGACCCGGCUCCCCCUGCGCCCCCGCGCCCCUCCAGAAGGGACCCGGCUUCCCCCGGGCUCCGGCGCCAAAGGCGGGACCGGCAUCUCCGCCGGCGGUCCCGGCCACCCCUCCUCCGCUCCCAGCUCCCCCCCGGGCUGCCACCCCCCCAGCGGUGCCGGUGGCCCCCCAGCCCACAGUCCUGCCGCCGGCUUCCCCCCGGGCUGUCACCCCUCCGCCCACCGCCCCCCCACGGGUUGUCACUCCCCCACCCACGGUUUCUCCUCGGGCUGUCACCCCCCAACCCACGGCACCCCUGCGGGCUGUCACCUCCCAGCCCGCACCACCUCCCCGGGUUGUCACCCCACAGCCCGUGUCCCCCCAGCCCGCCCCGGCUUCCCCCCGGGCUUUCACCCCCGAGCCCGCAGCCCCCCAGCCGGCUCCAGCUCCCCCCCGGGCUGCAGCCCCCCAGGCGGUCCCAGCUGCCCCCAAGGCUGCGGCCCCUCAGGCCAACUGCUUUCUCCACAAGAUCAGCUCCAACUCCUUCACGGUCACACCCCGGGGGCAGCCCCCCAGCGCCCGCGUCCCCGAGCCCGGUGCUGUCCCCGCCGGCCGCCCCGCAACGCCCAAGGGGCCACCAGUGCCAUCCACCAGCCCUUCCCAUGCCAGAGCCAACGCCAGGAGGCCAAAGCCGGAGGAGGCCGAAGUGGCCGUGUCGCCCCUGCCCAGUGCCAGUCCGGCCCCCAGUGCCACCGGCGCCACUCGGCCGCUCUCCGCCUCAGCCCCCCGGGCCGGGGGCUCCUUCGAAAUCCACCCGGCCCCCAAACCCGACCUGGCGGCCAUCCCAGCCCACGACCUGCAGGCACAGGCUCUGGCCAAGCUGCGCCUGAAUUCGCGCAAUUCCUUCGUCUUCGUGCCCCGCCGGGAGGGCAGCCCGGCUCGGCCGCCGGCCCAGAUUGCCAGGCCAGGGCCACCGCCACCGCCCUCGGAGGAGAAGGCACCCCAGGAGCCCCCGAGCGCUUCCGCCCCCGAGCAGGAAGAGCCCAUCACUUCCCCACCGGCGCCUCUGGAUCCGUUGGUACCUGUGACUUACAUCGAUGACAUUGUGGAGCCGGACAGCGGGGCUGGCCCGGCUGCGAGGACGGGGAGCUUGGCGGAUCAGCCCGGAGGAGCUGGCCCCGACCUGGAGAUGGAGUUUUCCUCUGUGCCCCUCUACAGGCCACAUUCCGCCCCCCAGCAGAGGGGAGGCAGCACCUUCACUGUCGUGCCCAAAAGGAAGCCCGUGGCCCCGGGGCUGCAGGCUCUCGCCGAUGCCAGCGGAAAGCCACAGCGGGAGGAAGAGGAGGAGGAGGAGGAGAGCAAAGGAAGAGGCAAAGCCGUGGAGAACGCUGAUGGACCUCAAGUGGGGAUAUCCCAUAAAAAGCGCUACCCCACGGUGAACGAGAUCGAAGUGAUCGGGGGUUACCUGUCCCUGGAGAGGUCCUGCAUGAGCAAGACGGGCUCGCGCCGCAAGAAGAUGAAGAUCUCUUUCAAUGAGACAAGUUUGCAGACGAUGUUUGAAUACCCCUCAGAGAGCUCCCUGGCAGAAGAGGAUGAAGAAGAGGAAGGACACGCUUCUGAAACGGAGGAAAAAUCUCGUACCUUUUAUAUUCCACGCCCAAACAGCACUUUGCAUCCCAGUACACCUAACUCAGCAGAUUUAUCCAGCUACACCCCAAAGCACUCCGUGAAGUUCAGCGAGUGGCAGGAGCAGAAGUAUGAGGGUCCUGCUGCAGAGGGAUCCCUCCCAAAGGAAGCCGAUUCCCAUGGGAACCAAGUCAUGCUCACCCCGGCGGAGAAGGGCGGUCUCUCGGAUUUCAGCAGCGAGCCCGCGCUCUAUUUCUGAGGCUGCUGGGCAGGACGGGGCAGCGCAGCCCGCUCGGGAACCGCGCCCGCACCGCGGCUCUCCCGGAUCCUGCUGCCAAGGGUGGACCAGGUGCUCUCGGGCAUCUUCGGAGAAUAUUUGCACUGGAUUUUGGGGCCGAAUUACUGCUUUCAAGGCGUAUGAUUUAUUCUGCCUGUGGCCUUGCAUAUUCCUUGCUCAAGAUCAGCUGCCGAUUUGGCAAGUGUGGGAAGGACAUCUGUAAGCCUGGGAUGGAUGUUGAUUUUUCUCAGAGCUUGUCUGAGUCCAGGCACUGUGCAGGGUCUGGACAGCUUUUGCAAUCCUUCUCCCCAGUGGAGGAUGGCUCUGGAGUGGAGCACUGGGCAGUUAGGUGGGUGCACAGCGUGGCUGUGAUUUGACACAUUGGGUGUCAGUUUGGAAAACCAUUGAAGGUUCAUGGUUUGUCCUUGGCAUGUUUCCAGCUCUGGUAUCACUGAAACAUCGUGGAAUUCAUGUGCCAGUUACAUGCUUGUGGAGCUCACUGAACACCCCGAGGGAGGGAUGGGAAGAGCAAUGAAUGCCUUUAGCUUUAGAUGUUAUUUUUGCACCAACUAGUAAUGUUCAGACUGCCUCCAGCCUCUUGAAGAUUCCCAAACAUUGGCCAUAGCUUUGGUCUGUCCUUCCCAACUCUGGCAUCCAGUCUCGGGGGGUUGCUGGUUGUGCUCUAGUUUGCCAGCUCCUCUUGUUGCUUUGUUCCAAAUCUGAUUGAUCUCUCUUGGUUGCUUCCUUCAAGCCACACUUGUUCUGCUCUUCUAGUCAAAGCACAGGAGGGAAGUUUCACUCCAUUCUUCUGCAGAACUUGAACAAGGAAUGUGGGUUAUUUUUGUUUUUUCUAGGAUUUUUAUAGUUCUAUUAUAAUUGUUUAAUGCAGCCAAUAUGCAAAGAAAUCUACUAGAAUCUUCCAUUCAAGUUUUCUACUACUGUAAACUCAGGGUCAAAAUUGCACUCUGGAACAGAUGGAGCAGUGCUGCUAAUGUGAUCUGUACUUUGGGAUUAAAAGAGAUGUGGUGAGAACAGAUCCAGCCUCUUUGGGCUUUAUGGAAUGAGUGGGGCGUGAUCCAAAGGAACAGGCUGCUAUCUUUGAUUAAAUUUUAUGGUUACUGGUUUGUCUAUUAUAGAUGAUGAGUGUCUGCUCAAGUGACACUGCUCUGUGAACUGAAAAUGCUCUGCAUACCUUGCACUUGGUUUGGUGUCUGUUGUAGCAGCAAGGGAAGGUUGUUCUACUGAAAAACACAGGAUUAAACGUUAGGACAUACCUACUUGUAGCUGUUCACUUCUGCCCUGGGUGCCUAAAUUCUUUUGGAAAGAUAAUGAAAAAAAAAAAAAAAAAGCUACUCAGUAGUUUUAGAUGUUGGCUGGGGGGGGCACAAAGAAACAUUUUGCACCUCCUUGUCCCUCCAAGCUAAUUUGAGAUCUGCUGCCUGUGUGAGUUGCCAGGAGCAAGAUGUGUCUGCAGUGCAUCUGCCUGACACAAGGACCAUGGAGUUCCAUGUGUUGAGGCUUCUCCCAUUAAUAAAAUACUUCAGGAUAAGGUGCUGAAACUGGUGUAGAAUGAGGGAAAAUGUGAGACUGCUGGUGACUGCUAGAUUUAUGAGGUGAAUUUUCAGCACAGCUUUUCUAGUAAAAAAGGUCCCAGUGAGCAUCUUUCCCUGUGGAAAAACCCAGGUCAGUUUAAGGCAGCUCUAUUUCUUGCAGAACUGCAGGAGGUAAAGCAAAGCUGCUUUCAGCUCAAGUUAGGGACAAGGGGUCUGAACUAGCCCAGGCUUAGUUCUCCUGUGGAUCCAUGAGGAAUGCUAAAGCCAACACUGUCCUGCAGCUCAAACACUGCUCUGGUUCUCUGUGAGUUAAUGCUGUGCCUGCAGCCCUGUGGGCAGGACAGCUCGGGGCUGUGGGGGUGCAGGGCAUGGUGCUGACUCUCUGCUCCUUCUCGUGGUGAACCAGCUCCACCUUGGAGCUGAGAUUCAGCACUCCUCUGCACUUCCCAGCUUCCUGCUCUAAUCUCUGCCCAGGCACUCCAGCUGCCUCCAGGCAGAGCAGGGUGAGGGCAGUCCUGAGGACAGGAGCAUCAGCUGAUGGGUCACCUCCUGGGAUGUGCCUCAGGAUGGCUGUGCUCAAAAUGAAGGGUAUUUUUGUGUAAAUGCCUACUCUGCUCUGUAGCAUUGGAGGAUCUGCCUUAGUGCGUCUCUGACUAAUACCAAAGCACAUCUGAAAGGAAAAUUUACUUCUGCAAAGCAAAGGCUUUUAUUAAAUGUGGCAUCUUUGGACCACAAAGCAGCUCUCUCUGGCCAACAGGACAUUCCAGGCUGAAGAAGUUUAGGAAUGCUUUUGUCGACGUAUUCGUGGUCCUAAUGAAGUGUUUUGCGGAUCAAUGAUUUUAUCAAGAUCCCUCAUUUCCUUCUUCAGGAUAUCUAGCAAUGUCUGAGAAUUGUCCAGUGUCUGGGAAAGAAAUAAAAAUAGCGUAUUUUUACAC